AUGGAGCUUGGUUCAGGUGACAGUAGUCCCCAAGGAGACCAUGGGUCCAUGUCCCAGCAGUGCCCUGGAUCUAGGGUGCCAACAGGGAUGCAGCUGCACAGCAUAAAGGACCAAACUGCUGAGAAGGCCACUGUCACCAAGAGACCCCAGACAGAGGGACAGCAGCAGCAGGUGACCACCAAUUUUUACAUUUACCAGAUGCUGUUUUCCAGAGCAACUUACAGUAGUGAGUGGACACAUUUAUGUACUUUUUCCCGUGCUGGUCCCCCAUGGGAAUUGAACCCACAACGUUGCAAGCGUCAUGCUCUACCAACUGAGCCACACGGGACCCCGUGUGCUUAUGCCUUUCACUGUAUAAUCAUUAACAAUGAAACAAUUUGUGUAACAGUACAUAUCUUUUCGAUUAAAAGAUAAACUGACAUACCUAAUCAUUGUCAUGGCUCAUUGUUGACUUUCUUUUAAUCAACAGGGCCAAGAAAAGUCCCCCAGGAGAGAUCAGGAUAUGAAAAAGAAGAAGACAAGGAGAGGUAACAGAAGAAAAAAGAAAGAAAUGAAAAAUCAAGUUGACAGGGAUCCUCAGAGUACACUGGGAAAGGAGGAGAUGGAGACCCAAACCGACCAGGUGUGUCAAACCAUGGAAACACAGACACAAGAACACAACCAAGACCAACACCAAGCUGAAACCAGUCAACAACAGUUUCAACAGGACCAGUUCAUGCAUCAGACAAAUGAUACAAAACAAACGCAUGUCAAGGAUGCUAAGAGAGUUCAGGCCCAGACUCAAACAAAUCAACCUAAUGGCAAGAACCAGGCAACUCAGACCCCUAUAGUUGUUCAGAACACACAGCAGACACAGACAGAACCCUCUGAUUCCACUCAGCCAAUAAAUCAGCAAACUCAGAACAGCGAUGGAGCAGGCAGUGAAGGAGCAGCAUCAGAACCACCUAAGGGGGAGAAUCCAAACUCCACCGAAGGGGUAAAGAGUAAGCCCGAAUCAGAGAAAGGGGUACAACAUUCAGGAGAAAGCUCAGGGAGUCCCGCAGCCUGCCAGGUAGAAAGGGGAGUCAAAUCAACCACCAAGUCUUAUGCUGAAGCUGCAGCGGAAAAUAAAAAGACUGAGAAGGGGUCGAUGGAGCCGAGUCCUCAGACUUCAGAUCAAGGCAAAAAGGAUUCCAAGAGUAGAGGAAGUCGGUAAGCUGGCAAUAGGUUUAUGGCAUGCUGUUAUUGUUUAAAAAAAAUAUAUAUAUAUACACUACCAGUCAAAGGUUUGGACACACCUACUCAUUCAAGGGUUUUUCUUUAUUUCUAUAUUGUAGAAUAAGACAUCAAAACUAUGAAAUAAAACGUAUAAUAACACUUUUUUUGGUUAGUACAUGAUUCCAUAUGUGUUAUUUCAUAGUUUUGAUGUCUUCACUAUUAUUGUAGAAAAUAGUAAAAAUAAAGAAAAACCCUUGAAUGAGUAGGUGUUCUAAAAAUGUUGACCCGGUAGAGUGUGUGUGUGUGUGUGUGUAUAUAUACAGUGGGGAGAACAAGUAUUUGAUACACUGCCGAUUUUGCAGGUUUUCCUACUUACAAAGCAUGUAGAGGUCUGUAAUUUUUAUCAUAGGUACACUUCAACUGUGAGAGGCGGAUUCUAAAACAAAAAUCCAGAAAAUCCCAUUGUAUGAUUUUUAAGUAAUUAAUUUGCAUUUUAUUGUUACCUGUAUAAAAGACACCUGUCCACACACUCAAUCAAACAGACUCCAACCUCUCCACAAUGGCCAAGACCAGAGAGCUGUGUAAGGACAUCAGGGAUAAAAUUGUAGACCUGCACAAGGCUGGGAUGGGCUACAGGACAAUAGGCAAGCAGCUUGGUGAGAAGGCAACAAUUGUUGGCGCAAUUAUUAGAAAAUGGAAGAAGUUCAAGAUGACGGUCAAUCACCCUCGGUCUGUGGCUCCAUGCAAGAUCUCACCUCGUGGGGCAUCAAUGAUCAUAAGGAAGGUGAGGGAUCAGCCCAGAACUACACGGCAGGACCUGGUCAAUGACCUGAAGAGAGCUGGGACCACAGUCUCAAAGAAAACCAUUAGUAACACACUACGCCGUCAUGGAUUAAAAUCCUGCAGCGCACGCAAGGUCCCCCUGCUCAAGCCAGCGCAUGUCCAGGCCCGUCUGAAGUUUGCCAAUGACCAUCUGGAUGAUCCAGAGGAGGAAUGGGAGAAGGUCAUGUGGUCUGAUGAGACAAAAAUAGAGCUUUUUGGUCUGAACUCCACUCGCCGUGUUUGGAGGAAGAAGAAGGAUGAGUACAACCCCAAGAACACCAUCCCAACCGUGAAGCAUGGAGGUGGAAACAUCAUUCUUUGGGGAUGCUUUUCUGCAAAGGGGACAGGACGACUGCACCAUAUUGAGGGGAGGAUGGAUGGGGCCAUGUAUCGCGAGAUCUUGGCCAACAACCUCCUUCCCUCAGUAAGAGCAUUGAAGAUGGGUCGUGGCUGAGUCUUCCAGCAUGACAACGACCCGAAACACACAGCCAGGGCAACUAAGGAGUGGCUCCGUAAGAAGCAUCUCAAGGUCCUGGAGUGGCCUAGCCAGUCUCCAGACCUGAACCCAAUAGAAAAUCUUUGGAGGGAGCUGAAAGUCCGUAUUGCCCAGCGACAGCCCCGAAACCUGAAGGAUCUGGAGAAGGUCUGUAUGGAGGAGUGGGCCAAAAUCCCUGCUGCAGUGUGUGCAAACCUGGUCAAGACCUACAGGAAACGUAUGAUCUCUGUAAUUGCAAACAAAGGUUUCUGUACCAAAUAUUAAGUUCUGCUUUUCUGAUGUAUCAAAUACUUAUGUCAUGCAAUAAAAUGCAAAUUAAUUACUUAAAAAUCAUACAAUGGGAUUUUCUGGAUUUUUGUUUUAGAUUCCGUCUCUCACAGUUGAAGUGUACCUAUGAUAAAAAUUAAAGACCUAUACAUGCUUUGUAAGUAGGAAAACCUGCAAUAUCGGCAGUGUAUCAAAUACUUGUUCUCCCCACUGUAUAUAUAUAUUAUAUAAUAAAAAUCAACAAAAAUAUUUUCCUCUUCAAAACAAUGAGUAACAUAACUACUUCUUCUGUAUUACAAAAAAAAAAAAAAUACAUCUGUGUUGUUUUAUACUCUCAACUUCAACAGAGAGCGGUCCCCAGUAAGGUGUCCUCCUGGGGUUCCUAAGUUCACCUUUCAUAUCUACACUGUGCUGGACAAGAAGUUCAGGUUUAACCGAGAAUAUGACACACUGUUGUUGCACCACGGAAAUGGAUAUAUGUCCUUGAAAAUUGAACAUUUCAUGUGAGUGUGCAUAAUGUUCUGAUUGGGUCUGAUACAAAGCUACAAACAACCACAUACUGUAUAUAUGAAAUACAAUACAAGCAUAUUAAAUAAUGCAUAUUUCUAUGUUUAGGGACUGUCAAAAAGGCUAUCUAAUAGAAGCAAGUCUCUCAGUAGCAGAAAGCUUCAUGACCAGGGGACACAUUUUGACUUACCAAUAUGGUGUGCAGCAACGGCAGAAACAGAGUGUGGAGAUCGCCACAAGGCAUAUUGAAAUUCCAUACGAUCCACAAGUAAUAGGUAAGAACUAGUGUGUCCUACAUGCAUUUAGUGAUGAACUUAUACCAAUCAAUGUACUACUGUAUUUAAUUUUCAUGUCUUUUUUAGAGCUAUCAGAGUUAAUCAGUUAACUCGAGUUAACUUUUAGUAGCUUUCAGGGCUCCUUUUUUUUUGUGAUUAAUCGCAUUGUCUGAAAGCGUUCAUAAUACACUGAAAACAAAAUACAUAAUAUUUUUGGGAUGUUAAGAUAACAGCUAAAAACAACAAUACCAUGUCAAAACAAGUUAACAUUGAGGUUAAAGAAGUGUGAUUUAUCAAUUUACCAAAUUUUACUAACCAUUACUUUUGACAAAAUCAAGACUUCAAUUUGAGCAAAUUCUUAAAUCAUAUAUAUUUUUUUUAUAUCGUUUGACAGGUCUACUGUUUUUUUUACUAUGUAACCUCACUACCUGUAAUGUCAUUUUUCUAUCCAGAGUUGCACCUUUAUGAAGGUCACAUUAAUACGAUGGAGGGGUGGUCUCUCCAAGGCUGGCUCAAAAGUUGGACUAAAACAAAGGGGAUGGAGAUUUCAGAAGCCUGGAAAACAUCUGCUAAUGUCUUGCUGGACAGAGUCUUCCAAAAAUGGCUUCCAUCCAAGAACGAGAGCACCCAGCACUUAGUCAAGAACUUAAAACAUCUUCUCCAGAGUUUCAGCUCAGCUGCCCAGCGGGUACUCUACCCAGACAAUUCAACACCCCCCCCGAUCAAGGUUGGUAUAGCAACAAUGUUUGACAUUUUUUAUAAAAAAAUCGAUGACUGUAGGAGACAGUAAAUCUGGGUAGAUGCUGUAUUCACCACAGUUUUCUCUACUCUUUCUGCACAGGCUUCAGAGUUGAUUUCUGAGCGUUUGCUGCAGCUCAUGCAUGCUGAGUCCCAGGGAACGUCACAAAAGGGCAACCCUCUUCUGCUGGGCUUGUCUGUGUUCAUGGUCUGCACAGCUUGUGGAAUAGAUCUUGGAGUGAAAGGCUGGGCAGAGCUUUGUCGUCUGGUGUCCUCGAGCACUGCGUUGGACAACAAAAGCAUUGAGGGAUUGCGGAUGAUCUCACAGCCCCGCAAUAGUAAGCAUGCACAUUAGGAUUCAUUUUGUUUUGUACUUGUACUAACCCUAACCUAACCCUUGAAGAAAAUAUCAAAAUGAUAAUCACAUAUGUACACUUAUUUUAACACUGCAACCGUUUAUGUGUUCCCUUUCAGUACUGUGGUUGGUCUGAUGAACCACCUUGCGCAGAAGGUGGUCUCAGAGCUUCCCCUGCUCAUUCCUCUACUGCACACGCUCAGACAGCCGGGAGCAGACGCUGGCAGCCUUGGUCCUACUAUAGAGGAGGAGAACUGGGCAGGGCUUGAACAUGUUCAGUUCAACAACUUCAGAGAGAGGAUCAGAAGCUUUUCUGACAAAAGAAGGUUUGUCCAAUUAUCCCUCAAAGUGUCUCAAAACUCUAUUUGAGUGGUCCACAAUGUGCUUUUUAAAUCUGUAUUUUGUAUUGUGAAUAAUUGUAUCAUUGUGGAGUAAAACUUAAAUAAAUUAAAUGUAAAUAACAAAAAUGUUACUCUUUCUAACUCUGCAUAUACAGUUGAAGUCAGAAGUUUACAUACACUUAGGUUAGAGUCAUUAAAACUCGUUUUUCAACCACUCCACAAAUUUCUUGUUAACAAACUAUAGUUUUGGCAAGUCGGUUAGGACAUCUAUUUUGUGCAUGACACAAGUCAUUUUUCCAACAAUUGUUUAUAGACAGAUUAUUUCACUUAUAAUUUACUGUAUCACAAUUCCAGUGGGUCAGAAGUGUACAUACACUAAGUUGACUCUGCCUUUAAACAGCUUGGAAAAUUCCAGAAAAUGAUGUCAUGGCUUUAGAAGCUUCUGACAGGCUAAUUGACAUCAUUUGAGUCAAUUGGAGGUGUACCUGUGGAUGUAUUUCAAGGCCUACCUUCAAACUCAGUGCCUCUUUGCUAAACAUCAUGGGAAAAUCAAAAGAAAUCAGCCAAGACCUCAGAAAAAAAAUUUUAGACCUCCACAAGUCUGGUUCAUCCUUGGGAGCAAUUUCCAAAUGCCUGAAGGUACCACGUUCAUCUGUACAAACAAUAGUACGGAAGUAUAAACACCAUGGGACCACGCAGCCGUCAUACUGCUCAGGAAGGAGAUGCGUUCUGUCUCCUAGAGAUGAACGUACUUUGGUGCGAAAAGUGCAAAUCAAUCCCAGAACAACAGCAAAGGACCUUGUGAAGAUGCUGGAGGAAACCGGUACAAAAGUAUCUAUAUCCACAGUAAAAUGAGACCUAUAUCGACAUAAUCUGAAUGGCAGCUCAGCAAGGAAGAAGCCACUGCUCCCAAACCACCAUAAAAAAGCCAGACUACGGUUUGCAAACUGCACAACGACAAAGAUCGUACUUUUUGGAGAAACUGUCCUCUGGUCUGAUGAAACAAAAAUAGAACUGUUUGGCCAUAAUGACCAUCAUUAUGUUUGGAGGAAAAAGGGGAUGCUUGCAAGCCGAAGAACACCAUCCCAACCGUGAAGCACGGGGGUGGCAGCAUCAUACUGUGGGGGUGCUUUGCUACAGGAGGGACUGGUGCACUUCACAAAAUAGAUGGCAUCAUGAGGAAGGAAAAUUAUGUGGAUAUAUUGAAGCAACAUUUCAAGACAUCAGUCAGGAAGUUAAAGUUUGGUCGCAAAUGGGUCUUCCAAAUGGACAAUGACCCCAAGCAUACUUCCAAAGUCUUGGCUGAUUUAUUUUGAUUUUCCCAUGAUGUCAAGCAAAGAGGCACUGAGUUUGAAGGUAGGCCUUGAAAUACAUCCACAGGUACACCUCCAAUUGACUCAAAUGAUGUCAAUUCACCUAUCAGAAGCUUCUAAAGCCAUGACAUAAUUUUCUGGAAUUUCCCAAGCUGUUUAAAGGCACAGUCAACUUAGUGUAUGUAAACUUCUGACCCACUGGAAUUGUGAUACGGUGAAUUAUAAGUGAAAUAAUCUGUCUGUAAACAAUUGUUAGAAAAAUGACUUGUGUUAUGCACAAAGUAGAUGUCCUAACCGACUUGCCAAAACUAUAGUUUGUUAACAAGAAAUUUGUGGAGUGGUUGAAAAACGAGUUUUAAUGACUCCUACCUAAGUGUAUGUAAACUUCCGACUUCAACUGUAUUCAAUUAGACUAUUAUUCCAGUUAGUUCACAUUUCGGCUUUUACCUCAGGAGAAAGACAUUACAGUACAUUGACCUCAAAUAUGCAUAACAUCGAUGACACUUUCCUCUUUGCAGUAUAAUGCUCACUUUGAUCCAGAAUCACAUUUCUGUGGCUAAAGAGAUGCCUCUGGUUUGGACCAGCUGGCUGUCCCUGGUGGCCUCUGAGGACCUUCCAGCAUUCUCCACCCUGACGGGCAUACCUCCAGAACACCUGAUCCAGAGCCUGCUGUACAGGCUUCGACAGUAUGGGGAGAAUACUGAUAACAACAAAACACAACAAAAUGUAGAGGUAAGUUAUGGAUGAUUAAUGUCUGAUAAGAUUACUCAGUUAAAGAGUAGUGCUAUUGUGGUGGAUCUUUAAAUAUUCAUUUGUGACAUUUUUAUUUCAACUUCCAGGUUACUCAAAAGAUCCUGUGCUUUGUACUGGAGAAAGUUGAAGAAGAGAAGGAAAGGUAUUGGAAUUUGAGAUCUGUGAGCGUGAGUCCUUUGAGUGUUAUAUUAUUCUGCUAUUGUAUGUGUGGUUUUUGUUUAUAGGCUAGCAAAUUCUGGAUUUGUGGACUCCAUCCUCUUGAGUUGCAUCAAUGUUCUGAAGAGCACUUGCCGGAUGGCGCGACUUGUCCCGUUCUACAAGGCGGCAGUGCUAUCCUUCCAACUAGUGCUGAAAGUAGCUGACAUUCUGGAUGCUGCACUUGCAAACGAGGUAAUUAUCUUUCCUAUAAUUUCAAUAUGGUAAUUGCUGUUGUUCUUUGAGCUCUAAUAGUACACCUAAUGUUGUGUGUGUUCCUCCCCAGACUCCGGAUGGUGAGGAGAGGAGACCUGAGCAGUCCCAGCUCUAUGAAAAGCUUGGCCAUGUGCAGCAACAUCUCAGCAAGUGGAGAGACAAUCUUCUCCACAAUGCUCUUCUGAAACAAGGAGCUCAGUCCAAAUCACUCAGCUACCCCAAAGAAAUAGAGGUACUAUAGCCAAACUAGCAGACGUACAAGACCUUAGCAGACAAUAUUUGUUCCCAGACAUUCACACAGUUUUCUGUUAAUUAUAAACAUGUUUGUAUGUGUAUGUUCACCUUGUGUUGGUAGAUGUGGGAUGCCUUCCUGAGGGUAGAAUGCUCGCUGCAGAGUGUGUCAGCCCAGUGGAGGUCCAGCCUGGACAGAGACCUGAGGAAGAGGAUCUCUAGGGUGAGUGUAUGGGCCUACGGACCAGGUCACACAUUCAGGAAACCUAGGAGAGGUUUGAGAUUUGAGAGUAGCUGGACAAAAUGGUCAUAUUCAGUCAGACACAGAUCAAACCUAGUCCGGGACUAAGGAGACAAUUCAAUGGACAUUCUUUAUUGAGAAUUAUUUUUAGUCUAGGAUUAGGCUUAAUCUGUCAGGGAAACCGGCCGGGUCAUUCCUACUGUGCGGUGCCUUUUCUGUCCCCAAAUCACUUCUUAUUUAAGUAAAAUGUGGAUUCCAAAAGGCUUUAAAUAUAAGGUCAGGUGUCCUUUACUUUAAAAACUAUGGAUCUUGAAAGGGAAUUUUAUGCAUUUUGAAAAGUUUUUUCAGUAGAUGUAGGCAUUUUUGCCAUGUCCCCGGGUGUUAUUUGUCAACUUCUAGGAUAAUUAUAAGCCGUCAAAUAAUACAAUGUUUUAAAUCUUUCAUUAUUUUAGAGUUGUGGACUUGAGUCACAUGACUUGGACUGGAGUCACAAAUUUGAGGACUUGGAUCCUCAAGACUCAGGACACGACUUUGACUUGAAACUGAUGACUUGAAAUGAUCUGGCCAGGUUUUGUAAUGUUUUGGCACUCAUUUUGUGGCACAGAGUCUACGUGGAUGACUCUCCACGCAGCCAGAGACAGUAGCCGCAGCAUCUCCCUUGCAAAAAAACCUGCAACAGAUUGGCUAGUGAAAUGCACACUCGGCAUCAGCAAACUGUCAAUCAACACAGGUCGGAUGGUGAGCUAGCGAACAGAUUGCUAAUUUGCAGUACAGCAAUAGGAUCGGGUGCAGCGCAAACAUGAAAUUAUAGGAAGAGAGGAUUGCCAUAAUGAAUAAAUAUGCAGCUCCAAAAAUGGUUUGGUGAUCAAGAAUAUGAACUGUUUACUUUGCAAGCUCAUCAGCAAUGGGGCAACAAUUACUAGCAUAGGCCUACUGGUAUUUUGGUAUGUAACAAUUGCAUGAAAUGUAUCAUUUACUUAUGAAGCUUGCAUUUGGAAUUUGUUUCAAAUGAAAUAUUACUGUUGCGACGACGCACCACAGGAGUGGCUCUUCACUUGCGCUCUCCAAACUCCCGCCAGUGGAGAGUGCUUUUUUUCUCCUAUUGAAAUGUUUGCUCUCGCUUUCACACGUUUAAAUGCAUAAGCCCUAUGUGGUAAAUCUAUAUUCCAUCUAAUAAUACAAGAAUUGCUAGCGUUUCAUCAUUCCAUCCCCGUACUGUUUAUUGCACCACGUAGACAUUUCUGUUUCAUGUUUGAUAGGCCUACGAUACACAUAUACUUGGACUUGACUCGAGUCUUGACCCGAUCUACUUGGGACUCGACUUGAGACUCGGAUCUUGUGACUUGAGACUUGGAUCUUGUGACUUGAGACUUGCUUGUGACUCGAAUAAUAGUGACUUGGUCCCACCUCUGCUAUUUUAUAGUCCUAGUUAAAAUCUCUGUAAUCAAAAACUUUUAUUUUUCAUGAUUAUUGUAUUUUUUAUUGCUGUAUUUAACAUUUUCUGUGUCCCUGAUAACACUUUCCACCCAAUUUGUAGUAAUUCUCCUUCAGAAAACAGCCCCUUCCCACAAUGACAUCACAUUCUGGAUGUGUCAUCAUUUGUUUGGUGGGAAAACAAUGGUGCAAAGCUAAAUACAUAUAAACACUCAGUUUUAUUUAUUUUUUCAUGUUUCAUGAUGAUAAUCUGUCUCACUAAUACAUUUCCACGCUGUUAGACUAAAUUAUACAGAAAAUGUAUCAAAUUUCAAAAUUUUAAAAUAUAUUUAAUAUAGAAGUUAAAACCCUCUUCACGUGUUUACCAUUAUUCUAGCGUAAUCUCAAUCACCCACAGAGCUAUGGAUAAUUCAGACUCCAAAUUUCCACCAUAUUAUCCACCCUGUUAGGAUUAUGCAAUAACAAAGGGAUUAUGCACCUAAAACGGAUUACAUUUUCUGAUCUUGACCAAUAUGUUAUUCUGAAAGUUACGAGGUCCAAAAGGCACCACAUAGUAUGAAUGACCCAGCCCUAUAUCUCCCUGAGGUCAAUCAUUUUCUCUUUGCUCCACAGGAAAGUGAUAAGGACAAGGUGGUGGUGUGCUGCCUUGAGAUAUCCGUGGAGGCUAUAGGGAAGAGCCAUGCCACCAUACAGACCUGCUUUCAGGAACUGUGUCACUCUGCCAUCAAGAACAUCUGUCAGGUUAGUGGCGUCCAUCUUAACAAGCUGACAGGAAGACGGUCAGAAUUAUCAUUACAUUUACAUUGACAUUUACGAGCGACUUACAAAUUGGUGCAUUCACCUUAUAGCCAGUGGGAUAACCACUUUACAAUAUGUUUUUUAAUUUUUUUCUUUGGGGGGGGGGGGGGGGGGGGGGGGUAGAAGGAUUACUUUAUCCUAUCCCAGGUAUUCCUUAAAGAGGUGGGGUUUCAGGUGUCUCCGGAAAGUGGUGAGUGACUCCGCUGUCCUGGCGUUGUGAGGGAGCUUGUUCCACCAUUGGGGUGCCAGAGCAGCAAACAGUUUUGACUGGGCUGAGCGGGAACUGUGCUUCCGCAGAGGUAGGGGGGCCAGCAGGCCAGAGGUGGAUGAACGCAAUGCCCUCGUUUGGGUGUAGGGACUGAUCAGAGCCUGAAGGUAUGGAGGUGCCGUUCCCCUCACAGCUCCGUAGGCAAGCACCAUGGUCUUGUAGCAGAUGCGAGCUUCAACUGGAAGCCAGUGGAGUGUGCGGAGGAGCGGGGUGACGUGAGAGAACUUGGGAAGGUUGAACACCAGAUGGGCUGCGGCAUUCUGGAUGAGUUGUAGGGGUUUAAUGGCACAGGCAGGGAGCCCAGCCAACAGCGAGUUGCAGUAAUCCAGACGGGAGAUGACAAGUGACUGGAUUAGGACCUGUGCCGCUUCCUGUGUAAGGCAGGGUCGUACUCUCCGAAUGUUGUAGAGCAUGAACCUACAGGAUCGGGUCACCGCCUUGAUGUUAGCGGAGAACGACAGGGUGUUGUCCAGGGUCACGCCAAGGCUCUUCGCACUCUGGGAGGAGGACACAACGGAGUUGUCAACCGUGAUGGCGAGAUCAUGGAACGGGCAGUCCUUCCCCGGGAGGAAGAGCAGCUCCGUCUUGCUGAGGUUCAGCUUGAGGUGGUGAUCCGUCAUCCACACUGAUAUGUCUGCCAGACAUGCAGAGAUGCGAUUCGCCACCUGGUUAUCAGAAGGGGGAAAGGAGAAGAUUAGUUGUGUGUCGUCUGCGUAGCAAUGAUAGGAGAGGCCAUGUGAGGAUAUGACAGAGCCAAGUGACUUGGUGUAUAGCGAGAAUAGGAGAGGGCCUAGAACUGAGCCCUGGGGGACACCAGUGGUGAGAGCACGUGGUGCGGAGACAGAUUCUCGCCACGCCACUUGGUAGGAGCGACCGGUCAGGUAGGACGCAAUCCAAGAGUGAGCCGCGCCGGAGAUGCCCAACUCGGAGAGGGUGGAGAGGAGGAUCUGAUGGUUCACAGUAUCAAAGGCAGCAGACAGGUCUAGAAGGACAAGAGCAGAGGAGAGAGAGUUAGCUUUAGCAGUGCGGAGAGCCUCCGUGACACAGAGAAGAGCAGUCUCAGUUGAAUGACCAGUCUUGAAACCUGACUGGUUUGGAUCAAGAAGGUCAUUCUGAGAGAGAUAGCAAGAGAGUUGGCUAAAGACGGCACGCUCAAGAGUUUUGGAGAGAAAAGAAAGAAGGGAUACUGGUCUGUAGUUGUUGACAUCAGAGGGAUCGAGUGUUGGUUUUUUGAGAAGGGGUGCAACUAGUGAAUGAGUGAGCCUUUCAGUGAGUGAGUGAGAAUGAGUGAGUGAGUGAGGGGAGGAAUUGAGUGAGCGAGUGAGUGAGUGAGUGAGUGAAUGAGUGUGAACAUGAUCGUGAUUGUUAUUGAUGAGUUCUUUCUCAUUUUCAGGAUGGGAAAGAGGGGGACCUUAUGCGGAUGCUGUCUCCCCUGUCUAAGGUGCCCCCCUCCUCUGUCCUGUCUUCCAUCGUGGUUGAGUCAGCGGCCCGGUUUGAGAACGACCCUGUUGGUCACCUGCUGGACCCCCAGUCUGCCCUCAACCACCUCCUGUCUCAUGGUACACCAAUCACUCAAUCAGUCUGAAUAGUCAUAGUUACAAUAUGUCCACUAGUGUAAUCUUAUCUAUUGAUAUGCACCAGAGGUACUGUAGCUUACUAGCUCACCAUGGUUUAUAUAUGUUUAUUGCUUACAUAUCUUAAACAUUAUUGUUUUUGACAUGAUUAUGACAGCCUUAUGUAGGCCUUAUGAUGGAGUGUUCAAGUAAGUUUUACCCUUAUUUUUUAGAGAUCCUGCAUUAAAUGUGUAUACAGGUAUGUGAGGUUUAUACUUGAACUAUAGCUAACAGGUACCUGACUCUUUUCCAGGGGACUGGAAGGCGUUCCAGGUGGAUGCUGCGGCUGGUGAUGUGAUCGGAGGCUGUCAGAGUGCCCUGGCCUCCCUGGUAGAGGCUCUGUGUCUGGGUCAUGUACCUGUGGGACAUCUCCAGACCACCCUGAAACACAGAGGGCAGUUCAAACAGAUCUACCGCCAGUGUAAGUGCCCUCAUAUCUCUCAAGACAUGGACUUAGAUGAUGGUAGUGGAUUUGCCAAAGUUCAAUGUUCUCAACAUGUUAAAUAACAGCCAACCAUAGAUUGCUAUGGAAUAGUUUUUGCAAUCUCCCCAUGAAUGCAUUUUAUCCUGCUCUUCCACAGAUAAGAAGCAUGCUAAAUUGGAGAAUGUUCCUGCUGAUGCUGAGGUGAUCCUGGCUCAAAGAGAGAAAGACCUCCAGGCAUUCAACCAGCGACAAGAGCACGUGGACAUGCUCAUCAAGAUGAUGGGAAAGGUCUCAGAGAACAUCACAGGUGAGAAACAGAAUGUCUCAGCAAUAAAAUGUAAUAAGAUACAAUAUAAUGUAAUAAGCUAUUGUAAUAAGCUACAAUAAAAUGUAAAAAGCUACAAUAAAAUGUAAUAAGCUACAAUAGAAUGUAAUAAGCUACUGUACAGAUGCAAAGUCACAGAGAUAGGUGCAGUAAGUCAUCUCAAAAUAAAAAAAGUAAUCAGAGAGAGAAUGGUUGGCUAAGGUAUUCUCUCAGCUAUGAUGUAGUACAGUAUGAUUCAACAUGUUUAUCUCUUUCCAUCAGCUCCAGAGAUCUCCACUCUGGAAGGCCAACACAGAGCUGACCUCCAAACAGUCAGCCUGAACAUGCUGGUGGUGGUCCAGCCCUGCUGUAUGAAGCAGGGGGAGGAGCAGCAGACAUCCCCAGGGCUGGUUCUAUGGUACAGCGCUGACCAGGGGGUUCUGGAGAUGGCCAGGGAGAUGCACGAGCUGGGUGGUAGUAACCUGCUGCUUCGCUCCUGGGUGGAAGGGUCUUUAGAGGUAGCCAAUAAAUACCUUACUAGACCUAUCCCUGUCCCAAUGACCCUCACACAGGUCUGCCAAGUAAUCUGGAAACCCCGGUUGAGAGUCUUCUGUGAGCUAGGCCUUAGGAUCGCUAGGGCACGUGCCACCUUUGAGGAGAUCGACCAGGCACUGAAAGCAUCAGGGGACCAGGGAGAGGGGAUUCAGAUGAGGAGGGAGCUGGUGCUGAUGUCUGGGAGGCUGCAGGGGUACCAGGAACUGGAGCAAGGCUGGGUAGAGGUUAGGCUGGGCCAGAUCCAGGAGUAUCGUCAGGUCCAUCAGACAGUAGCCUCGGCCAGUGCAAUCCUGAGGAUCGCUGAGAGGAUGGAUCUUAGAGGAGACUUCAGUGAGAUCCACAGUCUCACCCAACUGGUAAUAAAGCAGUCUCUUUAUCAUAGAGGUUUCAUAAUGGUGUUGUUAAUAUGAAAUAAUGUUGUUAAUGUUUAUGAUUGCAAUUUCUGCCAGAAGGUGUACUGUAUACUACAUUACCUUGUCUGCUUUUCUCUAUUCUAUAACAGUUCUAUACUUUGUAAUUAAGUGUGUCAUGUAACAUACAGGAGGACGACUCGUUCAAGAGGAGGGUCCUGGGGUCGCUCAGUGAUGACCUCAUCCGUGCCAAGCAGCAGCUGUCCAUGGUCACCCCGCAGCACACUGCAUGUCUGGAGAUGUUCCUAGAGAGCCAUACUCUGGUCAGCUGGGUCCAGGACCAACUCAAUAGUAAGACCACUGUCCAACACCACGGUCCAACACCACGGUCCAACACCACUGUCCAGCACCACGAUCCAACACCACUGUCCAUUUCAGCCAUUAUGGUUGGCCAUUCAGCCAUUAUGGUUGGCCAUUCAGCCAUUAAGUUCUAAGUCUCUUCUUUUACUGUUUAUUUUCAUUCAACAGAUAUGAGUGACGUGAAAGUGUUUGUGGACCUGGCCUCCAUCUCGGCUGGAGAGAAUGACACGGAGAUCGACCGAGUGGCCUGUUUCCACGAUGCGGUGAUGGGCUACAGUCCCUUGCUCUACUCUCUCUCCCCCAGCGCUGGGUUUGAGGAGUUCAUGACCUCUGCCAAACAGGUGUGGGACACCCUACGAAGAGACGAGAGACUCCCUGCCAAAUUGGUGAUUAUUUCUCUCCAUUCUUUGAAUUCAAUAUUAAAGGUAUUUUGUCCUGUUUUUGGGGAGACCUAAGGUGACUGUUCUGUAAUCAUUGGGUGUGUAUAGUAACCUGAUGAUGUUCACACUGAAAUACUGGUAUGUGUAUUCUAGAGGGACUCUAGUCGUUUGCUGGUCUGGCUGAAGGGACUGAGGGAGACCCAUGGGUCUGUGGAGCAGUCCUCUCUCUCCCUGGCCUCGGCCAUUAAUGCACAGGGGGUAUACCACGUGGGCUGGUCUGAGACACACACAGACAGGGUGAGUGGAACAUCUCAAAUGAACACAGAUCUGACAUCAAUCAACAAGGAACCAUGAAAUACACUUCUUCUUCUUCUUCUUCUUCCUGUUUGUAGAGAUGUCUGCAGAGCCUCCUGGUGGUCAGCGUGAGGAAGGACCACGAGGUGAAGAGCUAUAGCCUGGAGGAGCUACUGGAGCUGCAGAAUAAGCUGAUGCUCAUGUCAUCCAAAGGAGAGCAUGGCAAGGAGCAAGUCAACAGGUUCACCCAGGUCAGUUGAUUUCAAUGAUGCCUUUACCAUUCAGCCCUACUGUAUCACAACAAGAACAUAACAAUAGCAACAUGACUGAUUUGUUUGAAAAGUUAAUGCAAUUUUGUGUUGACAUUAAAUAUUUCAACUCCCUGUCUCUCUAGGUGUUUGAGGGAGUUCAGAGACUGGGCUGCAUCCUCCUCCAAAUGCAGUCUUCUGGCAACAUGCUUUUCCGGGAGUGGCGAGCCCAGGUACAGUGUAGCCAGGAGAAGCAGCCAUGCAUUUGGGUCACCUUCUCUUCCCUGCGGGGUAAAGAGAUGGUGUACAGUGGGGAGGUGACAGAACAGCUCCAGACCCUGUGUCGCUCCAUGGAGACCUGCCAUAAGGAAUGGUGUGCUUUCAUCAGCGAGAAACGUUCCCAAUUCCACACGCUGAACCACUACACAUCUGAGCAGGUGAUGUACCUGUGCAGGUGGAUCUACAGCGUGUGUGUGAGGCGGGCCUGUGUUCCUCAACAGGUGUGGCACCUGCUGUCUCCCAUCAAGGCUGGGUGCACGCUGAAUGAUGUCAGAGAGGCCUUCGCCACGGUAACAGAGGUGUUGUCAGGGACACAGUCUGGCAAUCCAGCAGUGUGGGAAGACGAUGAUGAAGAUGAUGCUAGACAGUCUAUGGACUUUAGAUCAAUUGGACACAACGUUGACAAAAGAUGGGGGUACAAUGACGAAAAUAUCGAUAGCAAUGUUGAAGAAGUCGGGGAUAUGAUUAAGUUCUCAGAUACUGAGGAAGAUGAGGAGAUAGAAGAACGCUCAUCUAUAGCCCAGAGUGAUGCAAUGGAGGAGGAGGCUGAGGAAGGUCUGGAAGUCCUGUGGAGGCGAUUUAAAGAGGACAUGCCAAGGUACCUCAUACAGCAUGUAGACAUCACUACUCUGGCUCGCUUCCUCUCCUGCCUCUCAGAAAUGAACCAACAGCAUAUCAAGAGGAAGCUGCCUCCUGCACUCCAAGAAGGGAAGCCCAACCUCGUCCUCUGCCCAGCAACAGAGGUCCUGAGCACCACUCUGUCCUUCUACAUGGAGAGCCCAGAGCAGCCUCUGCCAUCCACUGAUGAAGUUCUGGUCUGCAGAGAGGACACCACAGAGGAACAGGUGGAGAUCUUCCUCAGUCGAGCCCUGGGCCGGGGCGAUGGUGCCAUAGGGAGCCAGCAGAGGAUCUACACCCUGGUCAACCCAGGCCUGCUGGGGUACGAAGUCAGUGUGGCCGUUGGGGAGCUAUUCGAGGACCUGGAGAGAAGUGCGGGUCCCCAUUACCGCCUGGUGAUGGCCAGCCCAGUGAUGCACCAGCACAGAUACGUGCCCUCUUUCUUCAGCAACCACAAAGUACAGGCAGGAGUGGGCAUCACUGCAGAGAAUGCCAGAAGAUAUCUCCGUCACCACUUUACUGUUCCGUUCCAACACAACUCUAUCUCACACAUCUAUCCAGACAAACUGUCCGUCUGGGUUGUCUCGUCCGCUCGCCCUGCAGUUGGUAAGGAAAAAUACACAUUUUAUUCAAUAUUGUAUUAUCAGUUACUAGAAUGUACUUGUGUUAUAAAAAGUAUUUACCUUAUACUAUAUGAUGUUCUUUUAUUUUUUGCAAUAGGGAAAUCUCUUUAUGUGGACCGACUGUUUGAGAAGUUCCCGCAGACUUCUACCAAGGCCCAGCAUGUUAGGAUCAGACUGAUAGAGCCACGGGUUGAUCUAGACUCAUUGAUACAGACCCUGUCAGAGAGGCUGGCACCGUUGAGAGAGCAGGACCCUGUUCUGCUUCACAUCGACACUGCUGCGGUAGGUCUACAGCUGUCUCUUUUCUGUGUAAUGAUCGUGUAUAAGGAUCAAACUGUCACUAUUUGUGCACAUAAGAUCAUGGUAAUACUUUGCAGAGAAUCAAUUAAGCCGAUUCUGUUGAAUUUCAGGUUAAUGCCGGUCUAGAAGAGUUCCUGUUCCACUUACUGGUUCUGGGAUGUUUGUGUGACAACAAGGGAAUGCUUUGGAGAAGAAAUGUAGCUCAUCUGAUAGCGGUUGAGGUUCUGAGACCAUACGCAACCCUUCAGAAUCAACCACACACUAAGGAGGUAGGACUCACGACUACUUCUAUUAAUACUACCCAGACCUCUUUUGGAAUAUCCUUCUUCAUAUAUCUAAUGUGGUCUUAUUUUUUCCAUAGAUGAGAGUUGGACUUCUUGACAUUCUACCUACCAUCCAAUGCAGACCACCGAAGGAGGUGAAGAAGUUGUUGUUGGCGAAUCAGAGCACUCGGACCAGGAGAACCUUGGACCCAUUGAUGGACGAGCAGGAGUUUGCCAGUGGAGGUAUUCAGAGGCCUUAUCAGUUCCUGAAACGAUUCAACAGAAAUGAGAACCUGGAUCCAUUUUACCACCGGGAAGGUUCCAGAGAGGGGGAUCCUAUUGACUGUCUACAUCACCUUCUGGCAAACUGUGGAUUGAAAGAUCCGUCAUGGGCUGAGCUCAAAAACUUCACCUGGUUCCUGAAUUUGCAGUUGAAAGACUGUGAGAAGUCAGUUUUCUGUGACCCAGACUUCCUUGCUGAACACCUGCGGGGUUUCAAGGGCUUCAUAGUGAAGUUCAUGAUCCGGAUGGCAAGGGAUUUUGCUUCACCGUCUAUGGACACUUCUGACCAGAGUCCCGCUCUGCUCCUUGAUGACAACCAAGAAGAUGACCUUCUGGCCCGUUUGACCAUUCGUAAGCGUUGGGAAUGCGAGUCUCAUCCAUACAUUUUCUUCAAUGCGGACCGCUUCUCGAUGUCAUUCCUGGGCUUUCAUGUGAUGAGAAGUCCUGGCGGAAACACUCUCAAUGCAGUUGAUCCUCAGAGUCAUACAGUGUUGAUGGGAGACGUGAUGACUCAUGAACUUCUACAGGGCCUUCAGCGACAAGGGAUCUCACUCACUGAAGACUUUGACGGUUUGCCCAGAGCAGACAAGAUCAAGAGGAUUUCAUGUGUUGUUGGUGCCAAGAAAGGGAUGAUGAAGGGGACAUUUGAUCCAGACCCGACCUAUGAGCUCACCGCUGAUAACGUGAUGAAGAUGCUAGCCAUUCACAUGAGGUUCCGUUGUGGAAUCCCCGUCAUCAUCAUGGGAGAGACCGGCUGUGGGAAGACCCGAUUGGUCCGUUUCCUCUGUGAUCUCCAGAGGGAAGACAGAGAGAUAGAAAACAUGAAGCUGGUCAAAGUGCAUGGAGGAACCACAGCUGAGAUGAUCUACAGAAAGGUGAGGGAGGCAGAGAGACAGGCAGAUAUAAACCUGAGAACACACAAACUGGACACUGUUUUGUUUUUCGAUGAAGCCAACACCACGGAAUCCAUCUUUGCUAUAAAAGAAGUUCUGUGUGACAGAACUGUGCAAGGACGUCCCCUGAAGGUGAACACUGGCCUGAAGAUAAUCGCUGCCUGCAACCCUUAUCGGAGGCACUCUCCUGAAAUGGUGGAACGCUUGGAACGUGCUGGGUUGGGAUACAGAGUGAAGGCAGGAGAAACAGAAGACCGUCUUGGCAAAGUCCCUUUGAGGCAGCUAGUGUACCGGGUCCAUCCACUGCCUCCUAGCAUGGCUCCUUUGGUCUGGGACUUUGGCCAGUUGAGCAAUUCCACUGAGCUCUCCUACAUCAGACAGAUUGUCCAGAAGCAAGCCAAGGAUCAUGAUUUGCCUGUUGCUUGUGGUAAUGUAAUAUCAGGUGUGCUGGCAGCCUCUCAAAGUUACAUGCGCAAUCGAAAGAAUGAGUGCAGUUUUGUGAGUCUGAGAGAUGUGGAGAGGUCCAUGAAGGUGCUAAUAUGGUUUUACCACCAUAGCGAUGACCUGUUCCCUGAUUCCAACGAACUCACCAGCGUUCAGAGGACUUUGAAGUGCCUGGCACUUGCAGUGGGAGUGUGCUACUACCCAUCUCUGGUUUCAAAGUACCAGUACUUAUCAGCUAUCAGUCGACACUUCCCAGAACCGCUGAACACCCCAGAAUCACUGCAGCAGGUGAUUUCGUCAUGUCAAGACUUCUUCCUCGCGAACAUAGAGACGAGGGAGACAGUGGCCAAGAACAUAGCGCUUAAAGAGAACGUGUUCCUCAUGGUGGUCUGCAUUGAGCUCAGGAUCCCACUCUUUCUGGUUGGCAAACCAGGGAGCUCCAAGUCUCUGGCCAAGACUGUGGUUGCUGACGCCAUGCAGGGCCAAGCAUCCCACUGUAGGCUCUUCCAGAAGCUCAAGCAGGUGCACAUGGUCUCCUUCCAGUGCAGUCCUCACUCCAGCCCUGAGGGCAUCAUCGGAACCUUCAGGAACUGUGCCCGAUUCCAGAAAGACAAAAACAUGGAUGAGUAUGUGUCGGUGGUGGUGCUGGAUGAGAUCGGGUUAGCAGAAGACUCCCCACAGAUGCCCUUGAAGACCCUUCAUCCCCUCUUGGAGGAUGGCUGCAUUGACAAUGACAGGCCAGACCCGCACAUGAAGGUUGGGUUUGUUGGGAUAUCAAACUGGGCUCUGGACCCGGCAAAGAUGAACAGGGGGAUCUUUGUGUCUCGGUGGGAUCCGAGUGAGAAUGAGCUGGUGGAAACAGCCAAAGGGAUCUGCUCAUCCUCCAACCCAAUUCUUCUGAAAAUCAAACACCUCUUUCCGCUGUUAGCGAAGGCCUUUUUGAAGAUUUGUAAAGAGACAGCGAAGAACCAGUUCUUUGGUCUCAGAGACUAUUACAGUCUGGUGAAAAUGCUUUUUGCCAUAGUCAAAUUUUCAGAAAAAGAACCAAACGACAGACAGUUGGUGGAAGCCAUCUUGCGUAACUUCAGUGGACAACCUGAAGACUUUGAUCCUGUCAUUUUCUUCCAAGAUGUCUCCCAGAACCUCAGAGAAGUUCCCAGACCAAGCACUCUGCAAAUGGUUGAACAAAGUCUUGCCCGAGACAACAACCAAGAAAGCCGUUACCUCCUUCUUCUCACCACCAACAACGCAGCCCUCCAUAUCCUUCAGCAGCAAGUCUUUGCCAAGGCAAACUAUGCAUCCCCUGAGAUUGUGUUUGGCUCAGGCUUUCCCAAGGAUCAGGAAUAUGCCCAGAUAUGCCGUAACGUGAACCGGGUGAAGACCUGCAUGGAAACAGGCCGUACUGUCAUCCUUCUGAACCUACAGAAUCUCUAUGAGAGCCUGUACGAUGCCUUGAACCAGUACUACGUCUAUCUGAGUGGGCAGCAGUAUGUGGAUCUGGGACUGGGAUCCCACAGGGUAAAGUGUCGUGUCCACAGAGACUUCAGGCUGGUGGUGGUAGAAGACCAGAUGAAGGUCUACACACAGUUCCCAGUGCCACUCAUCAACAGGCUGGAAAAACACAGGGUGGACAGAAGCACAGACCUGACUCCCUGGCAGCACAGGGUUAUGGCCAAACUCAAAGAGUGGGUGCAGGAUUUCUCUGGCACUGCGGCGUCAGAAGAUUUCCAACUGUCUGAUGUUUUUGUUGGUUUCCAUGGGGAUGCCUGUGCCAGUGCUGUCUUGCAGGCCCUGGAGAGUAGGGAACAGCAGAGGGAUCAGGCUGUGGAUCAGCAACACAAGGAUGAAGGCGAUGAGCCUCUGGAGGACGUGGACGCAAAUGAGACAGGUGAGCACAGACAGAAAGAAGGGGUUGAUCCUUGUGUUAUGGAUGUGGAUGCUGAUGACGAAGAGAAGAGGAACAUUUCAAUGGAUAAGACUGAGGAUGAUGUUCUCAUGGAGGUGGUAGAUGAUCAAGAUAGAGAACCGGCAUGUACACCUACCAAUAGCGAAGUAGAUGAUGAUUACAUGGCAAUGGAUGCAGACAAAGAUGAUGUGGAGACAGGAAACAGUCAGUCUAAAGGGACAGAUGAGGAAGAGAAGGUAUUUGAAUCAGCCAAGGGUUUCCUGUUGAAUUGUGCCACACCUGACUCAGUGCUAAGACUGAAGUAUACAGACCUUGGAAAUCAGGAGAAAGAGAGACUUCAGCAGAUGUACUUUCAUCAACAGCAUAAUCACUCACUAAGGGACUUCAUGAAGAGCCACUUGAACAAGUCAGAAAACUCCAGCAAGUUUAUUGAAGUAAGUAGAGUAACAUAUAAUUAGUUGUGAACUUGUGAACCCAAAUAAUACUAGUACAGUUUAUAGUACCAGUUUACUUCACCAAAACUGUCUAUUCAUCCAUUUUGUAAGGUCACCACAUUCUCCAGUUUGCUUACCAAAUAUGAUGUGCGAGGGUUGGCUUGCGCUCUGGGCCUGCACACCCAAACCUUCCUCCUGCUGUCCCUUCACCAAUUUGACACAGAGGUCUCCUUCUGCAGCAAGAUACGGUACAACACCACUAUAUCUUAACACCACAAGUUAUACACAAGUUUUUCUCUCUACCUGUUUUCAUCACUCUCACAUUCUCUCUCCUUGACUGCUUUAGCGGCUUCCUACGAGAUUCUGGUCCGUCCCUCCAUAUUCUGGUCGUUCAGAUGGACAUUGAGGACUCUCACUGUAGUGACGAGCUGAUAGCAUCAGCAAAGUACGUUUUUUUUUUUCAUCUGAUCGUGUUUGAGAUGUUGUAUUGGUCACAGUGUUAAAGGAUCACUAUGUUAAACACUGGCCCCUUGUUGAAAUUAGGAGAAUUGCAACAACACAGCUUGCAUUCAACACAACCUUGGACACUUGCCCUUUGCUGGCCCAGGUCAAUUUGACAACAAGAGACGGUCCAAUAAGAAGGCUGCACCAUUGGAAUGCAAUUUUGUGUGGGCCCCAAAAAAUGUGGAGCAAUUAUUUUUCACACUAUCAUUCCGCUAUUAAUGUAGAUAUAUUUAUCUGAAAUUACAAUGCACAAAUAUUUAAUAUACUGUAGCUCCUUUAACGAAAUUGGCAAAUUAUAAUAUUGGUUUAAAACUUAAUCUAUGUUGUUAAAAAUAGUGGGUCAAUCCAGUGCUGAAGAGAUAGUACACUGCUCAAAAAAAUAAAGGGAACUCUUAAACAACACAAUGUAACUCCAAGUCAAUCACACUUCUGUGAAAUCAAACUGUCCACUUAGGAAGCAACACUGAUUGACAAUAAAUGUCACAUGCUGUUGUGCAAAUGGAAUAGACAACAGGUGGAAAUUAUAGGCAAUUAGCAAGACACCCCCAAUAAAGGACUGGUUUUGCAGGUGGUGACCACAGACCACUUCUCAGUUCCUAUGCUUCCUGGCUGAUGUUUUGGUCACUUUUGAAUGCUGGCAGUGCUUUCACUCUAGUGGUAGCAUGAGACGGAGUCUACAACCCACACAAGUGGCUCAGGUAGUGCAGCUCAUCCAGGAUGGCACAUCAAUGCGAGCUGUGGCAAGAAGGUUUGCUGUGUCUGUCAGCGUAGUGUCCAGAGCAUGGAGGCGCUACCAGGAGACAGGCCAGUACAUCAGGAGAUGUGGAGGAGGCCGUAGGAGGGCAACAACCCAGCAGCAGGACCGCUACCUCCACCUUUGUGCAAGGAGGAGCAGGAGGAGCACUGCCAGAGCCCUGCAAAAUGACCUCCAGCAGGCCACAAAUGUGCAUGUGUCUGCUCCAUGAGGGUGGUAUGAGGGCCCGACGUCCACAGGUGGGGGUUGUGCUUACAGCCCAACACCGUGCAGGACGUUUGGCAUUUGCCAGAGAACACCAAGAUUGGCAAAUUCGCCACUGGCGCCCUGUGCUCUUCACAGAUGAAAGCAGGUUCACACUGAGCACGUGACAGACGUGACAGAGUCUGGAGACGCCGUGGAGAACGUUCUGCUGCCUGCAACAUUCUCCAGCAUGACCGGUUUGGCGGUGGGUCAGUCAUGGUGUGGGGUGGCAUUUCUUUGGGGGGCCGCACAGCCCUCCAUGUGCUCGCCAGAGGUAGCCUGACUGCCAUUAGGUACCGAGAUGAGAUCCUCAGACUCCUUGUGAGACCAUAUGCUGGUGCGGUUGGCCCUGGGUUCCUCCUAAGGCAAGACAAUGCUAGACCUCAUGUGGCUGGAGUGUGUCAGCAGUUCCUGCAAGAGGAAGGCAUUGAUGCUAUGGACUGGCCCGUCCGUUCCCCAGACCUGAAUCCAGUUGAGCACAUCUGGGACAUCAUGUCUCGCUCCAUCCACCAACGCCACGUUGCACCACAGACUGUCCAGGAGUUGGCGGAUGCUUUAGUCCAGGUUUGGGAGGAGAUCCCUCAGGAGACCAUCCGCCACCUCAUCAGGAGCAUGCCUAGGCGUUGUAGGGAGGUCAUACAGGCACGUGGAGCCACACACACUACUGAGCCUCAUUUUGACUUGUUUUAAGGACAUUACAUCAAAGUUGGAUCAGCCUGUAGUGUGGUUUUCCACUUUAAUUUUGAGGGUGACGCCAAAUCCAGACCUCCAUGGGUUGAUCAAUUUGAUUUCCAUUGAUAAUUUUUGUGUGAUUUUGUUGUCAGCACAUUCAACUAUGUAAACAAAAAAGUAUAAUUCAUUCAGAUCUAGGAUGUGUUAUUUUAGUGUUCCCUUUAUUUUUUUGAGCAGUGUACAGUGGGGAAAAAAAGUAUUUAGUCAGCCACCAAUUGUGCAAGUUCUCCCACUUAAAAAUAUGAGAGAGGCCUGUAAUUUUCACCAUAGGUACACGUCAACUAUGACAGACAAAUUGAGGAAAAAAAGUCCUGAAAAUCACAUUGUAGGAUUUUUAAUGAAUUUAUUUGCAAUUUAUGGUGGAAAAUAAGUAUUUGGUCACCUACAAUCAAGCAAGAUUUUUGGCUCUCACAGACCUGUAACUUCUUCUUUAAGAGGCUCCUCUGUCCUCCACUCGUUACCUGUAUUAAUGGCACCUGUUUGAACUUGUUAUCAGUAUAAAAGACACCUGUCCACAACCUCAAACAGUCACACUCCAAACUCCACUAUGGCCAAGACCAAAGAGCUGUCAAAGGACACCAGAAACAAAAUUGUAGACCUGCACCAGGCUGGGAAGACUGAAUCUGCAAUAGGUAAGCAGCUUGGUUUGAAUAAAUCAACUGUGGGAGCAAUUAUUAGGAAAUGGAAGACAUACAAGACCACUGAUAAUCUCCCUCGAUCUGGGGCUCCACGCAAGAUCUCACCCCGUGGGGUCAAAAUGAUCACAAGAACGGUGAGCAAAAAUCCCAGAACCACACGGGGGGACCUAGUGAAUGACCUGCAGAGAGCUGGGACCAAAGUAACAAAGCCUACCAUCAGUAACACACUACGCCGCCAGGGACUGGACUCAAAUCCUGCAGUGCCAGACGUGUCCCCCUGCUUAAGCCAGUACAUGUCCAGGCCCGUCUGAAGUUUGCUAGAGUGCAUUUGGAUGAUCCAGAAGAGGAUUGGGAGAAUGUCAUAUGGUCAGAUGAAACCAAAAUAGAACUUUUUGGUAAAAACUCAACUCGUCGUGUUUGGAGGACAAAGAAUGCUGAGUUGCAUCCAAAGAACACCAUACCUACUGUGAAGCAUGGGGGUGGAAACAUCAUGCUUUGGGGCUGUUUUUCUGCAAAGGGACCAGGACGACUGAUCCGUGUAAAGGAAAGAAUGAAUGGGGCCAUGUAUCGUGAGACUUUGAGUGAAAACCUCCUUCCAUCAGCAAGGGCAUUGAAGAUGAAACGUGGCUGGGUCUUUCAGCAUGACAAUGAUCACAAACACACCGCCCGGGCAACGAAGGAGUGGCUUCGUAAGAAGCAUUUCAAGGUCCUGGAGUGGCCUAGCCAGUCUCCAGAUCUCAACCACAUAGAAAAUCUUUGGAGGGAGUUGAAAGUCUGUGUUGCCCAGCGACAGCCCCAAAACAUCACUGCCCUAGAGGAGAUAUGCAUGGAGGAAUGGGCCAACAUACCAGCAUCAGUGUGUGAAAACCUUGUGAAGACUUACAGAAAACGUUUGACCUGUGUCAUUGCCAACAAAGGGUAUAUAACAAAGUAUUGAGAAACUUUUGUUAUUGACCAAAUACUUAUUUUCCACCAUAAUUUGCAAAUAAAUUCAUUAAAAAUCCUACAAUGUGAUUUUCUGGAUUUCUUUUUCUAAUUUUGUCUGUCAUAGUUGACGUGUACCUAUGAUGAAAAUUACAGGCCUCUCUCAUCUUUUUAAGUGGGAGAACUUGCACAAUUGGUGGCUGACUAAAUACUUUUUUCCCCCACUGUAUAUUGUCUGACAAAAGCUUAUGUUGCAAUCCCUCAGUGAAACUAACGUUAUCGCACUGUGUGUGUCCAGGUACUGCACAAUGAACUACCUGAUAACACUGGAGUCAGAUCAGUCCUGUUGUUAUGUGGUCUUCAUCACCAAGCUGUCCCGCAUUCAGAGUGGAGGAUCUCAACACAUUGGCUUCCAAGGAGGUGAGUCACAGUUUCCAGUCUGGCAAGGCUAAUGUACAGUGAUGUGGUGUUGACUAUUGCAUAUAUCCAUUAAUUAAUUAAUUCAUAUUUGUUUGUUUAUGGUUCGUUUUGUUUCCAGGUGUCUGGCUUUCAGUGCACAUUGAUGAUCUCAGGGACACAGAAGACAUGAGCUUGAACUUGUCGGUUUUCUGUGGAAUGCCAAUCAGCAAGCUUGUCCCACCUGCACAGUCACGUAUAGAGACCUGUGAGUCUGUUGAUGCCCAAGCAGAGACAGAGACGGCACACCUGCAUAGUCUAUCCCUGGUGAGGUCCUGCAUUCAGAAAGCAGUGGGUUUGUUGAGAGACCCCAAUGACAUGACCUCCAGGAGCAUGCAGCGCAUGAACAUACUGCUGGGGCUUCUUGGAGAGAACCACGGAGAGAUGGGAGGUAAAUAGACAGUCCUUGAGAUUAUUUUACUGCUCUUGAACUUCGUUGCUCAUUAUUGCUGUUUUUGAUGUGAUUCUCACAUACAGCCGUCAUGUUACUAAAGUAUACAAACACACAGUGGAAAACUGUCUCAGUGUACUGCAUAUACUGUACUAAAGUGAAGUGAAAGCAUUAGGGACAGAUCGAAAUUUACUGGAGAGGGAGGGGCUGGUCCAACUCAAGGUGUCAUUAACAACAAAAACGCACCCACCCUCCCCAAAGUAAAAAAUAUUUUCACAUGACCCUCCCCUUUUUACUGUAAAAUAAAUUGGAACACCCUCCCCCCUCAUAGAAUUAACUCAAAAUAAUGUUUACAACCACAAAUAACAAUACCUGUAGCGACGCUGUGUUUAUAAACGUGCAUAUAGACUUUGCCACUUCAGCAUGCAUUUGUGGCACAGUCGAUGCCACGCAGGGCUACGGGCCAGAAGGUUGAGGGUUCGCCAACCACCACAGACGAGCUAACUCUCCCUGCCUGUUUCAUUACACUACGAUCAGAGCCGGCUGCAGACAAUGAUCAGCUAGGGGGAAAUCUGAUUUCCAAUAUUUUUAUGCCAUAUUUAUAAUUAUAUAAAAUAUAUGCAACAAAUUUUCCACCAACAGUUUUCUGUGCCAAAGCAUCACAUAACCAAUAAACAAAGAAUACCAACUUCGGGCACUUCAAUAUCAUGGUUUGCGUUUUCAACACCACAAUAAAUAGACUAUGUAAAUCUCGACAAACAGAAAAUACAUAGGCUUACCCGGUUUCGAAGGCUUGGCAAUCUCCGAAUCUCAUUAAACUUUUUGGUGUUUUGUAAUAGAUGUCUCUUUCCAUUCAUCAAUUGGCCGCUGUACAGUUUGGAUUGAUUGAUUGCUUUUAUUUGUCAGUUAAAAGAAGACAUACAGUACCAGUCAAAAGUUUGGACACACCUACUCAUUCCAGGGUAUUUCUUUAUUUUUACUAUUUUCUACACUGUAGAAUAAUAGUGAAUACAUCAAAACUAUGAAAUAACACAUAUGGAAUCAUGUAGAAACCAAAAAAGUGUUAAACGAAUCAAAAUAUAUGUUAUAUUUGAGAUUCUUCAAAUAGCCACCCUUUGCCUUGAUGACAGCUUUACACACUCUUGGCAUUCUUUCAACCAGCUUCACCUGGAAUGCUUUUCCAACAGUCUUGAAGGAGUUCCCACAUAUGCUGAGCACUUGUUGGUUGCUUUUCCUUCACUCUGUGGUCCGACUCAUCCCAAACCAUCUCAAUUGGGUUGAGGUCGGGAGAUUGUGGAGGCCAGGUCAUCUGAUGCAGCACUCCAUCAUUCUCCUGGAGGUGUGUUGGGUCAUUGUCAUGUUGAAAAACAAAUGAUAGUCCCACUAAGCCCAAACCAGAUGGGAUGGCGUAACGCUGCAGAAUGCUGUGGUAGCCAUGCUGGUUAAGUGUGCCUUGAAUUCUAAAUAAAUCACAGACAGUGUCACCAGCAAGGCACCCCCACACCAUAACACCUCCUCCUCCAUGCUUUACGGUGGGAAAUACACAUGCGGAGAUCAUCCGUUCACCCACACCGCGUCUCACAAAGCCACGGCUGUUGGAACCAAAAAUCUCCAAUUUGGACUCCAGACCAAAGGACAAAUUUCCACCGGUCUAAUGUCCAUUGCUAGUGUUUCUUGGCCCAAGCAAGUCUCUUCUUCUUAUUGGUGUCCUUCAGUAGUGGUUUCUUUGCAGAAAUUCGACCAUGAAGGCCUGAUUCACGCAGUCUCCUCUGAACUGUAAAGUUCCCUGUAGCUCAGUUGGUAGAGCAUGGCGCUUGCAACGCCAGGGUUGUGGGUUCGUUUCCCACGGGGGGCCAGUAUGAAAAUGUAUGCACUCACUAACUGUAAAUCGCUCUGGAUAAGAGCGUCUGCUAAAAUUACUAAAAUAAAAAAUAACAGUUGAUGUUGAGAUGUGUCUGUUACUUGAACUCUGUGAAGCAUUUAUUUGGGCUGCAAUUUCUGAGGCUGGUAACUCUAAUGAACUUAUCCUCUACAGCAGAGGUAACUCUGGGUCUUCCAUUCCUGUGGUGGUCCUCAUGAAAGCCAGUUUCAUCAUAGCGCUUGAUGGUUUUUGCGACUGCACUUGAAGAAACUUUCAAAGUUAUUGAAAUGUUCUGGAUUGACUGACCUUCAUGUCUUAAAGUAAUGAUGCACUGUCGUUUCUCUUUGCUUAUUUGAGCUGUUCUUGCCAUAAUAUAAUUUGUUCUUUUACCAAAUAGGGCAAUCUUCUGUAUACCACCCCUACAUUGUCACAACACAACUUGAUUGGCUCAAACGCAUUAAGAAGGAAAGAAAUUCCACAAAUUGACUUAUAACAAGGCACACCUGUUAAUUGAAAUGCAUUCCAGGUGACUACCUCAUGAAGCUGGUUGAUAGAAUGCCAAGAGUGUGCAAAUCUAUCAUCAAGGCAAAGGGUGGCUACUUUGAAGAAUCUCAAAUAUAAAAUAUAUUUUGAUUUGUUUAACACUUUUUUGGUUACUUCAUGAUUCCAUAUGUAUUAUUUCAUAGUGUUGAUGUCUUCACUAUUAUUCUACAAUGUAGAAAAUAGUACAAAUAACGAAAAACCCUUGAAUGAGUAGGUGUGUCCAAACUUUUGACUGGUAGUGUAUAUAAAUAAAUAAAUAAAGGAAGAGAAGUUUAGGCCUAACCCCAGAGAGAUAGAGAUAUGCCGGUGGCAUGCUACGACACCGAUAUGCAUUUCUUUAUGUCAGAUUUCUACUGUGUCUGCUAUACAGAUAUAGACUUAUAUAAGCAUUAUAUUGUUACAGUCUUCCCCACCAAAAGUUCACAAGUCGGAGUCAGUUGGCGCACCGGGAUGCACUGCCUUCAUAUCAUAGGCCUGCAGUAACUAAAGCUUAAUAAUAGCCACACCAUACCAAACCUUCACAAACGUUUCUGAAGUUUAUUAGGGUAAUAUCAAAAGUAAGUCAAGACAUUGUUAAUAAGGAAUAUACGAGCAGAAGAGGGAAUUUAAACCAGGUGGAAAAAACGCACUACCCUCCCCUGUGCCCCCCCAAAAACCACACAACGCUCCCCAAAGCACCCCAAAAUGUUUGACAAACCUUCUCUACUUUGAACCCAACCCCCCCCCCCACCCCCCCAAUCAAUUUUGAUCUGUCCCUUAGGCAAUACUGUUUCAUGUGCCCUACAGCUCUUUUCCAGAAGGUGUUGCUGGGUAGACUGGCAGGGACCCUGGCACAGAGGGAGGAGCUGGUUCACAAUCCAGGGGAGUGGGUGAACAGAGAAGCCAAGAAACGCCAGGCUCUACAGGAGGGGGGCACUCUAAGGUAGUAGAACACCUGGUAGAACACUCUAGAAGUAGAACACUCUAGAAGUAGAACUCUCUAAGGUAGUAGAACACCUGGUAGAACACACUAGAAGUAGAACACUUUAAAGUAGAACUCUCUAAGGUAGUAGAACACCUGGUAGAACACACUAGAAGUAGAACACUUUAAAGUAGAACUCUCUAAGGUAGUAGAACACCUGGUAGAACACUCUAGAAGUAGAACACUUUAAAGUAGAACUCUCUAAGGUAGUUGAACACCUGUUCGAACACUCUAGAAGUAGAACACUUUAAUGUAGAACUCUCUAAGGUAGUAGAACACCUGGUAGAACACUCUAGAAGUAGAACACUUUAAAGUAGAACUCUCUAAGGUAGUAGAACACCUGGUAGAACACUAGAAGUAGAACACUUUAAAGAAGAACUCUAUAAGGUAGUAGAACACCAAUACCAUCUGAUUAGACCGACCAUGAACUAUAGCAAUUGUCUUGGAUAGAAGAUAGUUGAUAUUGGAAGAUACCUCUUUAGUAUUUCUUCCUGGGUCUGAUGUGUGCUGUUCUUAUAUAGUUGGUAUAAGAAGAUGCUUUCCUUAGAAUUUCUUCCUGGGUCUGAUAUGUUCUCUCUGUGUAUUCCUUCACUGUAAGACACACCCUAUGGCGCUGUCUACAGUCCACCCUGACUCCAGUACUGGCCUAUAUGGUGGAGGUUCUGGACAGGGAUGCCAACCUGGACCUGCUGAUCUCUGCUGGGCUCAGUCAGGCCCUCAUACAGCUGUGGUUGGACAUUCUGGCAGACAGACAUAUUCUGGACCUUACACCACCACAAAACUCCAGGUAUCCAGUUCAGUAAAUUGUUAUUGUCCCCAAACUGCAAUUGUUUUGUAUUUUCUGAGAUCUGUAUAAAUGUCACUCUAUGAGUAGUUCCAAUAACCUUUUGUGAUCUAAAUUGAAGAAAUCAACAUAAAUAACUAAAAUACCUGACUGAUAUAUAGUUGUAUAAUUCUAUUUCCAUUUUCCUCUCUAGCGGGUCAGACCAGGAGGUCUUGGUGCAACAUUACUUACAGUUGGGUGGUGAGGAACACCCCUGUGCUGCCCCCUUCAGUUGGCUCAUGAGAAUGCACUUCCAAAGCCUGUGGGAGGAAUCAGAGUUUGUACCAGGUGAGUGACAAACUUCAUAAACUGGUUUAUCUAUGUCCCCAAUCAUGUGUCCAUAUUGGGACUAUCUAGAAUGAAAUAAAUGAUAUUAUGCUAUGAGUAUAUUGUCUAACUCUAAUUGAAUCUCACUCUUAGUCACAAAGGAGGAUGACAGCACCCAGAGGAUUGUCCAGUUUGUGAGCACGGCAACCAGUAGCAAGCUGGGUAGCCUCAUAGGGAAGCUCUCAGACCAGGAGCGCCUGAACUUGGACCAACGAUACCUGCGUGACUUUCUGCUGCUUUCCUUCAAGAUCAAGUCUGAGGAUGAGCUGAGGGUGCGACUGUGUGAAUCUUGAGAUCCCAUUUGACAUCACAUUUUAAAACAGUCUAGUAAAAAGAUAUUGGGAACACUUUAUAACAACUGUCAAUUAAUGAUUUAUAAAUGGAUAAUUAUCAUUCAUAAUGGCUUAUUAAUGAAAGUUAUAAUAGUGUUGCCAAUAUAUUUUCGCAAAUUGGUUACUCAUGUUCCUUGUUUCCGUACACAGGUGUUCACCAGAGCGGCGCUGGGCUGUGUGUCUGAACUCCAGCGUUCCAUGACCAUGACCCCUGAUCUGUCUCCUGCCUGGGUGAUGGCUGCAGCCAGACACUAUGCUCCCAGACUUGACACUCUGUCCCAUAUCCUGCUGCUGCAGCCCCAGCUGGCCCCCGACAUUCUACAGCAGGCCUCACACACAGAGCCCACAGACAUGGUGAGAUCACAUCAAUAACACCAUAAAUAAGGUCCAGAGUUAAGCGUUUAACUAGGGCGGGAAGUUUUUCCUGGUCACAAAUGGCCACAAGGAACAACACCCAAAGAAUGAUGUUACGACCUGGAGUAAAAAAGAAAGCAUGAUGACGAUCGUGGUCUCUUUUUGUGGCAGCUAGAGGAUAUUUUGGCUCUUGGAAUUUGUGUGGAGAGGACCAAGCUGCAGACUGUGACCUCCCUGACAGAGUGUAAGUCCCUCUUACGCAGAGUGGAGCUCCUACAGCCAUGUCUGGAUAGAGCAUUUGGUCAGAACUACAGCUCCCUCUGCAACCCAGGCUGUCUCCAGCACCUAGACUCCAUCAGGUACAUUCAUUGAUUGAUAUAGUUAGUUAGUUAUUCUUUGAUUGAUUGACUGACUGACUGACCGACUGGUUGAUCAGCAGAUUGAUUGAUUCUUACCAAAUAAAGUCAAAACAAUUUUUUAAUAUUAUGCACCUUCUUCAACUUCAUCUUCUGUCCUUCAGGUCUAUUUGGCGUGGGAUGCUUGUAGUAGCAGCAUUCAUCCAGCAGGUGAUGUUUGAGGGGAAACAGAUAGACCCCAGGCUGGAGGAUCUGGCUCUGAAACACUGUAGCCUUCUCCAAAAUGUAAGUGAGAGGUUGGGUUUAGACAGUAUUAGCAAUAAUGAUCCACCCACCCUUGCAGUAGUGUAGUGGAGGGUAUACACAGGUAUUCGCCGUAUACCCACUUUUAUUUUUAGGGCAUUGUGUAUACUCACUUCCUAAUCCCCAGGAUGCGUAUCAAAGUAGUGGAGUGGAGGUAUACGGCGUAUCAAUUAAUACGGCUGAUUGAACAGAUCAGAAUGUUUAGCUUAAAAUGUUUAUAAACUAUUAUUUCUUGACAUUUUAAGCCAGCAAUGUGCACACGGCAGUAGGCAUAUGUGCAAAUGUUCCAAAAGGCAAUUUGGGGAAAACACUGUUCUAAAAUGUACACUGCACAUGCAAGCAAUUUUAUGGACAGAGAUGGUAAUAUCGGUUAGAAAUUUAGAAAGAGGGGAGAUCUAAAGAUGCAACAACUAUCAUGGGUUGCUAAUAUGAAUAGGAUAUUGCCUUUGGCUGCUAGACAAUGAAAGACAGGAGAGCGUGUAAGUCUUUAUAAAAUAAUUGCCUCCACGGUUCUAUGGUGGGAUUUUGGCUAUAGGCUACUUUGAAGCAAGGAAAGACAUGCCUCAUAAUAUGUAGUAAAACGUCCAGGUUUCAAACAGGAAAUAUAUAGUGAUGCUAAUGAUAGGAUAACCGUCUUUUGGUAGAUGGAAAGGCUUUCCCAAAAAUCUUCUUAAAUGUUAACUAGCUACAACUAGCUACGACGUCGCCUAUGCCUACCUGUCAGAAUUAUAUCAUGAUUAUUUGCAUCAAUCCAGUGGCCAUUUUGUUUUGCAAACUCCAUCUCAUGUGUGCUACAGAAACAUCGCUAACCAAACAACAGUGCUAGUUGAAUUAAAGGGUAUCUACACUCAGAAAUCUAAAUUUCGUACAUUUUCCCAUAUCUCAAAAGUGGUCUCCUGAUGUGGUGUAAGCAUUGUUGUGGACUUACAGCAUCUUUUUUUUUUUUUUUUUUUGUGACUUUGAGAGUGAAAACCUGAUUUUUUUUUUGAGAUAUCUGACUUAGUUGACAUUCUCAUUUAUCUGUUUCAAUAGAAGGCCUACUAUUAGCCUACUUGCACAGUACAGCUUGGGUUGGCCUGUCUGUGGAAGACCCAUAUGGGAUUUAUCAUUUUAGGUCAUUCAGAGUGUAUGUUACUGUAUGUCAUAGAAUUUUUCACACAGGGCGCCUUUUCUUUGCCAAGCGAGCCGUUUGGGAGAUGUUUGGUAAAAAUUAGAGUAUACAGUGCAUUCGGAAAGUAUUCAGACCCCUUGACGUUUUCCACAUUUUGUUACGUUACAGCCUUAUUCUAAAAUUGAUUAAAUUGUUUUUUUCCUCAUCAGUCUACACACAAUACCCCAUAAUGACAAAGCAAAAAAAGGUUUUUAUGAGUUUUUGCAAAUUUAUUAAAAAUAAAAACGGAUAUAUCACAUUUACAUAAGUAUUCAGACCCUUUACUCAGUACUUUGUUGAAGCAACUUUGGCAGCGAUUACAGCCUUGAGUCUUCUUGGGUAUGACGAUGGGCCACUCAAGGGCAUUCAGAGACUUGUCCUGAAGCCACUCCUGCGUUGUCUUGGCUGUGUGCUUAGGGUUGUGUUCCUGUUCGAAGGUGAACCUUCGCCCCAGUCUGGUCCUGAGCGCUCUGGAGCAGGUUUUCAUCAAGGAUCUCUCUGGACUUUGCUCUGUUCAUCUUUCCCUCGAUCCUGACUAGUCUCCCAGUCCCUGCCUCUGAAAAACAUCCCCACAGCAUAAUGCUGCCACCACCAUGCUUCACUGUAGGGCUGGUGCCAGGUUUCCUUCAGAAGUGACGCUUGGCUUUCAGUCCAAAGUAAUAAAAUAUGGAAAAAGGGAAGUGGUCUGAAUAUUUUCUGAAUGCUGUGUACCCACUUCUCAAGGCACCACUACACCACUGCCCUUGAUUGAAUACUUUAUUGAUUACCCGUUCUUUGUCAUGUUUAAAGAGAGCUCUGCAAGGCCUAUUCAACAUGUUGGAAUCAGUUUGCAGUUUUUAUAUGUUUUUCUUCCUAUCAGCUGAUGCAGGAUUCUCCUGAUCUGAGGAACGUGGACACACUGCAGCAGCUGAUCCGUAUCCUCAACUCCUAUCAUCAACAGUGCAUCAGCGGGGACAUACGGUAAGACUCAAUUCAACAUCAUAUUGUUUGGUUUUGUAUUAAACUAAUAUACAUUUGGCCAAAAGUAUGUGGACACCUGCUCGUUUGAACAUCUCAUUCCAAAAUCAUGGGCCUUAAUAUGGAGUUGGUCCCCCUUUGCUGCUAUAACAGCCUCCACUCUUCUGGGAAGGCUUUCCACUAGAUGUUGGAACGUUACUGCGGGGACUUGCUUCCAUUCAGCCACAAGAGCAUUAGUGAGGUCAGGCACUGAUGUUGGGCGAUCAGGCCUUGUUUGCAGUCGACGUUCCAAUUCAUCCCAAAGGUGUUCAAUGAGGUUGAGGUCAGGGCUCUGUGCAGGCCAGUCAAGUUCUUCCACACCGAUCUCGACAAACCAUUUCUGUAUGGACCUCGCUUUGUGCACAGGGGCAUUGUCAUGCUGAAACAGCUGUUGCCACAAAGUUGAAAGCACAGAAUCAUCUAGAAUGUCAUUGUAUGCUGUAGCGUUAAGAUUCCUUUCACUGGAACGAAGGGGUCUAGCCCGAACCAUGAAAAACAGCCCCAGACCAUUAUUCCUCCUCCACCAAACAUUACAGUUCGGUCUAUGCAUUGGGGAAGGGAGUGUUCUCCUGGCAUCCACCAAAACCAGAUUAGUCCGUCGGACUGCCAGAUGGUGAAGCGUGAUUCAUCAAUCCAGAGAACGCGUCUCCACUGCUCCAGAGUCCAAUGGCGGCGAGCUUUACACCACUAGAGCCGACGCUUGGCAUUGCGCAUGGUGAUCUUAGGCUUGUGUGUGGCUGCUCAGCCAUGGAAACCCGUUUCAUGAAGCUCCCAACUAACAGUUAUUGUGCUGACAUUGCUUCCAGAGGCAGUUUGGAACUCGGUAGUGAGUGUUGCAACCGAGGACAGACGAUUUUUACACGCUACGCGCUUCAGCACUCGGCGGUCCCAUUUUGUGAGCUUGUGUGGCAUACCACUUCACGGUUGAGCCGUUGUUGCUCCUAGACAAUUCCACUUCACAAUAACACUUACAGUUGACCGGGGCAGCUCUAGCAGGGCAGAAAUUUGACGAACUGACUUGUUGGAAAGGUGGCAUCCUAUGACGGUGCCAUGUUGAAAGUCACUGAGCUCUUCAGUACGGGCUAUUCUACUGCCAGUGUUUGUCUAUGGAGAUUGCAUGGCUGUGUGCUCGAUUUUAUACACCUUUCAGAAACGGGUGUGGCUGAAAUAGCCGAAUGUGUGUCCACAUAGCUUCACAUCACUUAAACAUUAAACUUGACGUUUUCCACGGUAUAUAUUGAGCCAUAGUUGUAUUUCUUAUUUCUCAUGAUACUUUCUACCUCCUAGGUUUGGCAUCAAUUGCCCAGUGUGCCUAUCAGAGCUCAAAGAGCCAUCCACACUGCCCUGUGGACAUGUCUUCUGUCUGUCCUGCAUCCAGAGCAGCCUCCAGACAGACAGGCAUUACUGUCCCAAGUGCAGGGAAGACCUGCCACCAAACUUCCAACCCUCUGUGUCUAAAACCAUCAAGUGAGUUCAGAGACGGCCUUCAACAUCCACCUGUCGACCAUCUUACCUAAUUUACCUUUUCUCUGAAGCGGGCGUUUGUCUUUACCCCAUCACACAGAACAAACUUUAUACAAAUUGUAGUGGAAAUAUUUUUAUGAACGUGAUAGUGUCCAGCAUUCACAGUGAAUGCAUUGACUCCAGUGCUGUAACAAAGCCCUGUGUUAUCUCAGGUCAGCCCUGCAGCAGUGUGCAGAGAUCAGGGGCUGCUGUAACUCCUUCUUCCUGGAGGUGGUGUCCCGGUUCUGUCUGUCUGAUGGGGAGAGCCCCAGAGAGGGCGUCAUAGAGCUGCUCUUCUCACUACUCAUCUCUGCACAAGGUGAGUGCCCUGGAGGAGAUGGGAAUCCAUUUUGAGUGGUACUGCAGCUACAGUGUAGCAGCUGGAGACAAUUCAAAUAUUAAAGAAAAACAUUAAAUCUACAUGUUUCCGAUUUUGUAUGCCUGCAAGUUUUAGAGUUCAAAAUGUUGAUUAUAAAAGGCUUGUGUGUGCUUGUGUGUGCUUGUAGGGAAUGUGUACAGGACCAGAGAGCUCACUCCCUUCCUAGAGUGUGUUGACAACAGUCCUGUUGUCCGCUCUGUACUGCCUAAACUCCUGCUGCAAUACAGGUACUUCAAAGUAUACAUCCUACACUGACAUAUACUAACAUACGCACACAUUUCUCUCACAUUGUCUAUGAAAGAGCUGGCCUUACUCUGUCACUUAAAAACAAAGACUGAGAUUGAAAAAAUCUAAAGUAUUGUGUUUAUUUAAAAAACAGCAUUUCCAGAGCAAGUAAAAACCAAUUGUAGUAUUGGUGGUAAUAGGGUUUUCAUAGGCAAUGGGUUAGUUAUAGUGACAUAUUUUGGGGUGGUUUGUAGGUGUGGAGUUAUUAUAGUUGGUUAUAGUGGACUAGUAGAGUAGGCUAGAGUGAGUAAUAAGCAAUUUUGUGGCAGUGAUUUCGGUUUAGAAUGUUGAAGCCUGCAUUCCGUCAUUUAUAGUUGAAGUAUGAAUGGUAGCAAAAAGCUGUGUUGAAGCCAUCUAAGUUGAGUCGGUCUGCACAUUUCAACGUUGGGUUGGUGUUUGCAGGUGAAACGGAUCAAGAGCAGUGGCAAAUCCAGAUUUUGCCUUUGGAGUCUAUGAAGCGUUUAUGCUAAUUUAAAACGGUUAUAGUUCAAAAAGUAUGAAAGCUUGCUUCCAGACCGGAAGGAACUCUGGGGCCUUGGCUGGUAGAGGUGUAGAAUGAUUGGGGCCUUUUCUCAAUUGCAUACUUCUCGCGUCCUCUCUCCUCGCCUCUUUCUCAAAACCCAUUGGGUGACCAUCAAGUCGAUGGUCACCGCCUUUCAUAGUGUGUUGCAUUCUGGGGAUCAAAAUUGUUCGACUUGUGUCUACAUGUCGACUGCAUGAACUUUACAAAAAUCAUGUGAGGUCAUGAAUUUUUAACUGUAGUCGACUGCAAGUUUCUGCAGUUGCUCUUCACUGACUUCGUCCUGCAGCCAUCGCCUGCAUUGUGGGAGGCUCUAUUGUCAACAAAUAAUCAGGGUGUUUUUGUUUGACCCACGAGAACGUGACCAAAGACUUGACUGAAACAGGAACCAACUCUGCCGCAAUUAAUGUAUUCAGUGGAUAUGUACAAAUUAAUGUGAUAUUUGAGACUCUUUCUCACUAAUCGAUAGUACAAUGUACACACAUAUAUUUUCAGUUUGUGAGUGUGUGAUAUGGGGGUUGGAGACAUGUUUAUUUCGACAUUAUAAAGAACAACUUUUAUAAACAAUGGCAACACUGCCAUGUUGCACUGAGCCUUGCUGUUGGAAAACCACAUCAGUGUCUGACUUUCGGCUGUCGCAAAUCAAAUAAAAAUCUAAUUUUAUUUGUCACAUGCUUGGUAAACUACAGGUGUAGACUAACAGUGAAUUGCUUCCAUACGGGCCCUUCCCAACAAUGCAGAGAGAAAGAAAAGAGAAAUAAUAGAAAAGUAAUAACAUGUAAUAAUAAAACGUAUAAUAAAUACACAAUGAGUAACGAUAACUUGACUAUAUACGAUACAAUAUACUUUAUACUCCAUUUACAUGGAAAUUCAUUCUGUGACGUCAGCAUACAAAUUCACAAACACAACACAAUAUUAUAUUACAUGCAGUACGGAAAACUAGAACGUUAGUAAACAAGUCACACAUUUACAUUUUCACAUAUUCAAAGUCUCCGCGUCCUUCUGUCAACCGUGUAUUGUGCCUACAUCUGUCCUGUCCCACUGUUCAGCAGCACGAUGGCUGAUGGAAUGGAACUUGCUCCUAUUCUUACUGAACAGUGGGACCCUUAAACUCCUUCUGGAAGGCAGCAGCUCAAAAGAUUGGGCAAGAUUGUGUGUGGGGUCCUCUAUGAUGCGUUUGGCCUUGUCCUUUGCCCAUUUAUCAUAGAGGCCCUGAAGCCCCCCGCACUGCAGCCUGCGGAGCUUGGACCCCAGGUUCACAGUCCGCCUGAGGAUACCCUUAUUAGCCACUGA